UACUGGCUGCCUGUACUAGAGCGUGGAGCGGACUAGGGAAAAACAUAAAGGAAAAACGAAAACAAUCAAGCGGCAACAUUUAAUACAAUAAUGAUAGCGACACAACUGCAGGCACUGGCAUCCCUUCGGUGACAGUCAAGACAUCACAAGGAAGAGGAGGAAGAGCUAGGAGAAGACCGCACAUCUGGGAAGACAUGUAAAAGUGACUAAAGCUUACUUGACCACAGGUAGUUAUCGCGCGUCAAAGAAUAUCAAAGUGCAGGUCAUGCGGAUAUCUCCGGGUGGAGAUCGAGCUGUGUUUCAUUGCUAGUAGAGUUCUUCUUGGGAAGAAGAUCACUUCUUUUCAGCUGAACAAGAACAGGAUAAAGCCAUGUCCCGAAGAAAGCAGAGCAAACCCCGGCAGAUCAAACGUUCUAUUGGCGACCAGGAGGGUGGCGAGGACAACACACCUGAGGAUGUCAGCCUAUCGGGCGAUGAGGGCGGAGCCUCAGACUCAGCAGAAUGUGACAGCUCCAGUCCACCACCAUAUACCCCCCUGUACAAUGAAGAGCCAAGGACACAUGAAUCCCUUUGUGCACCUGAUGAUGAGGAGGAGGAGGAGGAGGAGAAAGGUCCAACACACUCUAAGGAGGAGAUGGAAGAGGAGGAAGACUGUCUACAUUGGAGGGGUCCAGAUGAUCUGGAGCUGAGUGAUGAUGCUGCUUACCCCAAGGUCCUGGCCUGCAGGGACCUCACCACAGACACACUAUGGGGGCCAUACGCUGGGAUCGUCCAAACAGAAGAUGCGGGAGAUGACCAGGAGUCAGAGAUCUCCAGGUUGAGCCUGGUGUGUGAGGACACAGACUGCUGGCUCCGUAGAGUCCUGUUAACCUCUGAUGCAACAGAUACCAACUGUACCAUCUACAGCCAAGGUGAGGAGCUGUAUUGUAAGGUAACCCAGGACAUCUCCACAGGGGACGGUCUGCUGGCUACGCUGUCUACACCCUCUAUGGAGCAGCGGUCCCCCUCUAAGACCCAGGGUGUAGCGGUGAAGGAGGAGCCUACAGGUGUCUACCCAGCAUCCCUCCACUCUGAGAUACAGCUCCUCCCCCAGCAGGCUGGGAUGGCAGCCAUCUUGGCCACAGCAGUUGUCAACAAGGACAUCUUUCCGUGUAAGGACUGUGGGAUCUGGUACCGCAGUGAGAGGAACCUCCAGGCCCACCUCAUGUACUACUGUGCCAGCCGGCAGAAGCAGCAGUCCUCCUGCUCCCCUCCACAGGACAAGCCCAAGGACUCCUACCCCAAUGAGCGUGUCUGCCCCUUCCCACAAUGUAACAAGAGCUGCCCCAGCGCCAGCUCCCUGGAGAUCCACAUGCGGACACACAGUGGUGAGCGUCCCUUUGUGUGUCUGAUCUGCCUGUCGGCCUUCACCACUAAAGCCAACUGUGAGCGUCACCUGAAGGUGCACACGGACACGCAAAACGGAGUGUGUCACGGCUGUGGCUUCAUCUCCACCACGAGGGACAUCCUCUAUAGCCACCUGGUUACCAGUCACAUGGUUUGUCAGCCCGGCUCGCACAGUGAAGUGUACUCCCCAGGUCCUGGCCUGCCCAAACUGCCUCUGUCCACAGGUCUAAGUCCAGGAGACUCUGGUGUUGUGUUAAAAUGUCAGAUAUGUGGCCACGUCACAGACUCUCCCGGCCAGCUCCAGCAGCAUGUUCGCACACACCUGGAGGUGAGAGUCCCGGCAGAGAGGAGCCCCUCACCCCGCCAGAGCACCCCCUCCUCAGCUGACCACCCUGAGCCCCCUGCCUGCGUACCCCACCCUGACUCCUCCAGCCCUGGGGCCAAUGGGAGCUCAGCCACCCCGCGAGGCUGCAGCCCACCUGACCACCUCCCCACAGACAUGAGGAUCAAAGAGGAACUGUGCUCUGACUCUGAGAAUGAGGGGCAGGAGGAGGAGGACCGGGAUGGGAAGAGCCAUGGACACACAGGGGUAGGGUGCUCUCAGACCUCCACCUCCCCCAGGAGUCCCUUUGCUGUGGCCGUGAAGGCAGAGCCAACCAGCCCCACCCCUGGCUCCAGCCCUGCCCACCUGGGAGGAGCUGGCUCAGUGCUGCCUGGAGGAGCUGUAUUCCUGCCACAGUACAUGUUCAGCCCAGAGGCAGCCAUCCUGCCCCAGGCCUCAGAGAUCCUGGCCAAGAUGUCUGAGAUGGUCCACAGCCGGCUCAAGCAGGGCCAGGUGUCCCCUGGGGCAGCACCAGCCUUCUAUCCCGCAGGCACUACCGCCACGGUCCACAAGGGGGCCACCUGCUUAGAGUGUGACAUCACCUUCAACAACAUCAACAACUUUUACGUUCACAAGAAACUCUACUGCUCCAGCAGGCAUCAACAGGGAGACGUGGCUGGCCCAGUGAAGGAGGGGGCCUCAGGGGUCACUGUCCCCUCUGUCGGACACGGUUCAUCCCCUCAGGCUGCCACAGCCUCCCACAGUGACUCAGACCCUGUUCCAGGCAGCACCGGCACAGAGGGCAAGCUGGUGGAGGUGAAAAGUGAGAACCCUGGAGUGAAGGAGGCUGUGUCCUCCUCUUCCUCUGAGGGGGAAGGUGGUGGAGGAGGACGAGACCUGGCCAGUGAGGGCAGCCAGAGCCCCAGCGGCUCAGCAGAGGACCAGGAAGAAGACCCCACCAGGACCUUCUGUCAGGCCUGCAACAUUCACUUCAGUCGCCAUGAGAACUACACGGUCCACAAGCGCUUCUAUUGUGCCUCGCGCCACGAUCCGUCCAACCAGCGGUCAAGCGCUGGCAAAGCCACCUUCCUGCCUCAGCCCAUCCGUACGCGCAAGAGGAAGAAGAUGUAUGAGAUCCACAUGGCUCGGACUGAGGCCCUAGCCAACGCUGCUGCUAUUGCCUUUCCCUCUGCUCCAGGGCUGGGCCCGGCUGUGAAGCAGGAGGCUGCUGCCUCAUUGGGGAAGGUCCUGGAGGCCCCUGUUCCAGUCAUGGCCUUGGGCCUGUGUCCAGCCACUUCCAGUAGCACCAGCCCUGAUGGAGACGGUCCAAUCGACCUGAGUAAGAGGCCCCGUCUGAGGGACACCCCACGGGGCAGCAGCAGCAUCUCUGCUCUGCCCCUCACUGACUACCAUAAGUGCACCGCCUGCAGCAUCAGCUUCAACAGCAUUGAAAACUACUUGGCCCACAAGACCUACUACUGCCCAGCCACCACCUUGCAGGCCAACACCCUGAAGACGCUCCACAGGCUGAAGAGACCAGCCUCCACUUCCCCAGAGGCCAAUGGGCUCCCCACAGAGAAGGCUCCUCAGGGGGCCUCGCCCAGCCCUCACUCCUCGGCUUUGCCUGGCUCUGAGGCUACAUCCCUUCACAGCGGCCCUGCAGCCAAAGGCCCAGGCUCUCCUCCUGUGGUCUGCCCCUACUGCCCUCCCAAUAGGGUGGUGACCUGUGACCUGGUGGAGCACUUCAGAUCCAUGCAUGGCCUGGUCUUGAACCUGGAGGGCCAGCCAGCUGUCAUCAGCCCCAGCCUGAGCCCCAGGGAUGAGACUCCAGUUACCCCGCCCAAACAGGGCCUCCAGACCCGCAGGGACAGCAUCAACAUUCGGGUCAGAAUGGACACUGUAUCCCCCUCCUCUCCCCUGGUGAACAUUAGCCCCCUGGGUCCCCAUGCUGGGGGUGGCAGCUCCCCCAAAGCAGCUCCUCCUGCUGUGUCUCCCACCAGGUCCCUCCCCCUGACUGUGUCCCCUGUGCCUGAGGUCCUGAGGGAGGUUGGGGUUAUGAACCAGCAGGCUGCUGUUGCUAUGCUUCCAGACAGGGCAGCCCUCACCCUGGGUCUCCCACUCCCUGUUGCUGUCCCGGCACCUACCACACCCAAGACCCUCCUGGUCUCCCCUUUGCAGAACGGUAACAUCCGCUUCUGCCGGCUGUGCAAUAUCAAGUUCAGCAGCCUGUCCACGUUCAUAGCCCACAAAAAGUACUACUGUUCCUCCCACAGCGCUGAGCACGUCAAGUGAACAUGACUGUCUCUGCACAGUGUCCCCUCACAGCCUAGCCCCAGCUUUUCACCUGUGUCAGUGCCACCAUGGCAUAGCACCACGUCUGGACAGUCUGAAGUAAAUGUGACUGUUACUCGCCAGGCACUGGUUAGCUGCUCGGACGCUGACGCUCCCGGUAUUGUUACUAUGGUAACUUAUUUCUUCUUAUGGGUCAAAGUUCGUAUUACACUAAGAGCGGAGAUACGCUACCUGCACACACAUUUGUGCCCACCUUCCCUUCCCCACCACCUCAAUACCAGUCCCCUAGCCCUCUACCUCCCCUCUCACCUCCCAAGGUUCACAGAAUGUUGAUAAUGGGACUUUUAGAUCCAACAUUUAAUCUCCUGAGCAAGCUUAAUUUAACUGUUUAUAUCACAGUUAUCUUGAUUUGAUUGUGAUUGUUUGAAGCAUUUCUUGCUCAUGACGAAACUUGCUUUUCCUGAGCCAUUGAUGCUCAUGACCUGUCAUUGAUUGGGGACAACUGUUGUCCCUCAGGGCCCUCUUGUGGAGCUGACCAUCUCCACCUUUUUAUUUCUACCUACCUGUGCAUAGUGUAUGAUGCUUUAAAAUAAUUAUAUGCUUUUGUUUGAACACUGGCUCUUUUGUUAACUAGAAAGCAUUUUAGCUGAAUUACAGGAAUGGGUGUCACAAGGUUAUCAAUUACAGAUGAAAUAUUUGCAAAUGGAUAGAUUUUCGUUUUUCCAAAACCACAAUUGUAAUUUCUCUUAACGCAAGGGAAAGCAUGGGAAAUAUUUAUCUCUGAUUUCAUGUCAACAGAAAACUACCUAGCGUCUGAAAAUAUUUCUAUUUUUUAUUUGUAUUGUUUUCAUACUUUUCGAAGGAACUGUUUCAAUCUUGGUGUGUAAAGGUGUUUUUGUAAGUGUAGAUAUAUAAUAUCUUUCACAGUAAUCACUGGGAUGACACUGAAUCUUAUUUUCAUUAUUGUCAGCAUUUUUCUUUAAUGCUGGUGUUUUAAAUUUGGGUAGAACGAAGAUGACUGGACCUGAGUAUCAGGAUGAAGACACUUCACUUCCUGUUCCUAUAAUGCCCUUCACAACACCGCCCAUCUCCCAAAUUAAACCUGACCUUUAACCCACAAACCUCCUACUGUACCAACAUAUUACACCCGCCAAUCUGCAGCUGCUGAUACACCACCAUCUUGCUAUGUGAUGCUUGAAUUAGACAUGGGAUCCAUUUAAAUCUAUGUUGAUUAAUUGACACCUGUUAGUGUGUGCUUGUUCUAUUGUGUUUUUCCGGUAAUGAAGUAAAAUAGAAGAAAAAAUGUGAGAAGGUGUAAGAGACAGGCAAGGACAGCAGAUGUAUUUCAGAGAUUGUAGAGAGACACACGGUAGAUACUGUAGCUCCUAAAACUGUCAUGUCUAAAACACAAACACACAUACAGUUGAAGUUGUACGUUUACAUCCACUUAGGUUGGAGUCAUUAAAACUUGUUUUUCAACCACUCCACAAAUUUCUUGUUAACAUACUAUAGUUUUGGCAAGUCGGUUAGGACAUCUAAUUUGUGCAUGACACAAGUAAUUUUUCCAACAAUUGUUUACAGACAGAUUAUUUAAUGUAUAAUUCAAUGUAUCACAAUUCCAGUGGGUCAGAAGUUAGCAUACACUAAGUUGACUGUGCCUUUAAACAGCUUGGAAAAUUCCAGAAAAUGAUGUCAUGGCUUUAGAAGCUUCUGAUAGGCUAAUUGACAUAAUUUGAGUCAAUUGAAGGUGUACCUGUGGAUGUAUUUCAAAGCCUAACUUCAAACUCAGUGCGUCUUUGCUUGACAUACUGGGAAAAUCAAAAGAAAUCAGUCAAGACCUCGGACCUCCACAUGUCUGGUUCAUCCUUGGGAGCAAUUUCCAAAUGCCUGAUGAACGGUACCACGUUCAUUUGUACAAACAAUAAUACGCAAGUAUAAACACCAUGGGACCCCGCAGCCAUCAUACUGCUCAGGAAGAAGAUGCGUUCUGUCUCCUAGAGAUGAACGUACUUUGCUGCGAGAAGUGCAAAUCAAUCCCAGAACAACAGCAAAGGACCUUGUGAAGAUGCUGGAGGAAACAGGUACAAAAGUAUCUAUAUCCACAGUAAAACGAGUCCUAUAUCGACAUAACCUGAAAGGCGUCUCAGCAAGGAAGAAGCCGCUGCUCCAAAACCGCCGCACUACGGUUUGCAACUGCACAUGGGGACAAAUAUCCUACAUUUUGGAGCAGUAACUGAAGAACACCAUCCCAACCGUGAAGCACGGGGGUGGCAGCAUCAUCUUGUGGGGGUGCUUUGCUGCAGGAAGGACUUGUGCACUUCACAAUAUAGAUGGCAUCAUGAGGCAGGAAAACUAUGUACCAUAAUUUCCGGACUAUAAGCCGCUACUUUAUUCCCACGCUUUGAACCUUGCGGUUUAUACAAUGACGCGGCUAAUUUAUGGAUUUUUCCCGCUUUCACAAGAUUCAUGCCGCCAAAAACUGAGCACCGUCACAUAAUGUGACGUAAAGCGUGCUCAAACUUCCCAUCAUUCUGAUUACGGUAGUAAUUUUGUCACCCUCAUCAUGGCAAAGACACUUUCAAGUUGAAGGCGAUCGAUCUGGCUGUUGGAAAAGGAAAUAGAGCUGCUGCACGGGAGCUUGGCCUUAAUGAGUCGAUGAUAAGACGUUGGAAAGCAGCGUGAGGAACUGACUCAGUGCAAAAAGACAACAACAGCUUUCAGAGGGAAGAAAAGCAGAUGGCCCAAAGUAUUUGCAGCCACUCGACAUCAGUGUAAAUCGUGCAUUUAAGGUGGCGCUCCUUGUUCAAUGGGAGGCUUGGAUGACAAGUGGGGAGAAAUCCUUCACUAAAACGGGCCGCAUGCGAAGAGCAACUUAUGGUCAAGUCUGCCAGUGGGUCCUGACAGCGUGGAGCAUUGUCAAAAAAUCCACUAUCAUCAACGGGUUUCGAAAGGCUGGACUGCUGCGUGUUGAAGGGGCAGCAUGAGCUGAGCGGGGUAUUUGCCUCCGGAUGAAAGUGACGACAGCGACAAUGAAAACGAUCCAACAUCGGAUGAAGCAAUUCUGAGGCUAUUCAACUCCGACACGGAAGGAGAUGGCUUCAGUGGUUUCAGUGCACAGGAGGAGGAAGAUAGUGACCAAUGACUUUCUUGAUAGGCCACUGUUUAAUUUUUGUUACAAGCGGUGUUUCGUUUAAAGGCUGUGUAAAGUUCAUUUGUUUCAAUGUACCGGUAGGCACCUGCGGCUUAUAGACAUGUGCGGCUUAUUUAUGUACAAAAUACAUAUUUUUUAAUAAUUCAGUGUGUGCGGUUUAUAUUCAGGUUCGCUUAAUAGUCCAGCAAUUACGGUAGAUAUAUAUUGAAGCAACAUCUCAAAACAUCAGUCAGGAAGUUAAGGCUUGGUCGCAAAUGGGUCUUCCAAAUGGACAAUGACUCCAAGCAUACUUCCAAAGUUGUGGAAAAAAGGACAACAAAGUCAAGGUAUUGGAGUGGCCAUCACAAAGCCCUGACCUCAAUCCUAUCGAACAUUUGUGGGCAGAACUGAAAAAGUGUGUGCGAGCAAGGAGGCCUAGAAACCUGACUCAGUUACAGCAGCUCUGUCAGGAGGAAUGGGCCAGAAUUCACCCAACUUAUUGUGGGAAGCUUGUGGAAGGCUCCCCAAAACGUUUGACCCAACUUAAACAAUUUAAAGGCAAUGAUACCAAAUACUAAUUGAGUGUAUGUAAACUUCUGACCCACUGUGAAUGUGAUGAAAGAAAUAAAAGCUGAAAUAAAUAAUUCUCUUUACUAUUAUUCUGACAUUUCACAUUCUUAAAAUAAAGUGGUGAUCCUGACUGACCUAUGACAGGGAGUUUAAAUGUAUUUGGCAAAGGUGUAUGUAAACUUCCCACUUCAACUGUACAUCCCUGGAGUGUUGUUGAAUAGACCUGCGAAAUGCAAUCUUUCCUCAGUCAGAACUGGCUAUACUGGCACAGCCUUACCGUAGAGUUGAGUUAGCUGGUCCUGUGCUCCACUAUCCUUACCUCUCACGAUGAUCUACAUGGAUCGGUUUGUUACUUGUGCUGUUCUCUUUUCUGUGUUACACAGGCAGAUGUUUCUCUGCACUAAAAACUGGAAAACAAAAUGGCAGUGAAAAGUUGAGAAUUUUUGCUCAGUUGUGGUUUUGAACAGUGCUGUAUCAGUCAUAUCUUACUCAAUAAUGUUUACAAUUGCAUUGCGUUCUCAUUUCUAAAAGAGAUUAGCAAUUUCAACAAGUGACAAAUCGAGGAGCUCAGUGCUGAGAACCAUUUCGAAUUUCCCCUUUAUAUUGCACUGUGUUGUACCAAUGUGCUGAAUGUUUUAGUUUUAGAGGCUUUUUGUCAUGUAUUUAUGUUUUUACAGCACUUUUCCUCGUCCAAACUCAUCCCUUGAAAGAGUUGCUGAUCAAUUUCAACCUUUUCACAUUAAUUGAAAACAUUUUGUGAAUGAUUCCUAAUGGAAAAGUAAUAAUGAAUGUCAGAUCUUUUCUUUUUUAAAUUUCAAUCUCAAAUUCCACUACACACUUGUCCAAACUAUGCAUGGGAAAUAAACGUCCUGAGAGACAUUAAA